CAGGCAGUGGUGACUGGGCGUGACUCCAAUCUGUGUGGAAUUAACCAGUAUGUUUUAUUUCCAUGGCUAGGCAGACCCAGGUUAGGGUCACACAUGUAUAGAAGUUAAAGGAACUAGCUAUUGUAUGUAAGUUGCAUUUGUACUGCAUGAAUUUAUUAAAGGAUUGAUGCACACAACAGACCUGCAAAUGAGGAGUUAAAGGUGUUUAAAUUAAUGUUACCUUUAAAAGUACUGUUUUCUAUUAUGUUUAACACUAAAGAAAAGAAGCUUGCAAUAUUUGCUUUGUGCUUGAUCAGGUCCAUGGGAUUUUCAAAUACCCAAAGCUUUGAGGCAGGUUUUAAUAGCCUCCCUGUUGUACAAUACCGAGGGAACAACUUUUGUUACCUGAACACUUUUAUUUUAUUGACUUUUAUGAUGCAUUAUAAAUACUAAAAGAAUUUAAACUUUAUCAUAGGCAUGAGUAGCAAAUGUUUUCUUUUGAGAUUACAUUGAGUCUUCUUUAUAAAAAAAAUUGAAAAAAAAUUUUAUGUUUUUCCACUGUUUAAUCCCUGUAGCUGUCAGCUCUCAUGACAGUUCGAAAGUAGAUCUCAGAAAGUAUUUGGAUGACUUGAAAUCUGUAUUGGGACCCCUGAAUUUCAGAUGCUUGAUCCUAGAAUCAUCAGUGCUGAGUUCUCAGCUCCUUAGCAGUACAUGUGGAAAGGUGCUUUAUCACAGAAUCCCUCUCAUGUGGGCUUAAGUAGUACCUGAGACUGUACAUGGUCAAAACUAAGGAGCACUGCAUGUGGACAGAUGCUGAACAGAAAGGAGUCAGAAAAAACUUCCAAUUCUAGCAGUUGUACAGUAGCCAAAUUCUUCCAGAGUUAGUUGAGAUGACAAACUAAUAAGCAGGAGCAGAAACUGGAGAUGCUAAUCAUUCUGUGGGCUGUCAGUAAGUGCCACGUCAGAUUCAUGCUGCAUAAUUUCCUGCACAAUGGUUUAGUUUUUUGUGAGUUAUGAAGCAUUUGGAGAAAGAGAAUACAUUGUUUCAGUGAGUCGUAUGGAUGUAUCCUAAGAGAAUGCAUAAAGUGUAACUAUGCCAAUGACAUCAGUACAAAAUGUUAUUAAAUCCUGUCCGCUUACACACAAUGUGAGAAUUACACAAACUCGAUCCGGACCUAAAAAUUGUGCAUCUUACAUGCUUAAGUGUAUCAUACAUUUGAGUUAGGUUAGAAAGAGAAGUGCAUGUUACAGUCAAUGUUGAGAGGGGAAUUUUAUUUUCCUUAAACUUGGUGGAAGUGAAACACUAGUGUUAGCAGCCACUCCUCAUCUGUGGGAGUCCUAAAAAUUGACAGCUCAUCUGUAAUAGGUAUCACAGGAAUUUCAGUUAUAUCCCUGCCCCUGCAGCAGAGCUGACCUCCUAUCAGAAUUUCAUACCUUAAAACAAGUUUCCUAUUUAUUUUCCAAAUCAUCCUUUCUUUAUAAUGUUCACAAAAAGCUAAUAUAAAACAACUCAAUGAGCUCUGUGACACCAACAUCAAUCCCUGUCUUCUGUAUGAAUAAUAUAAAAUAUAAUUGUAAGUAAUAAUUAUCCCACAUACAGCCUGAAUUCAAAACAAAAUUAUUGAUCAAAAAAUAUGAUUGGAAACAACUUUAAAACAUUGAAAAAUGUCGGGGGUUUUUUUGUUUGAUUUUUUUGGUUUUGUUUUGUUUGAUUGUUUAGUUAAUGCCAAGGUUGUGUUAUCUUUAUCUGGGUGGUAAUUCACGGGCCAGUGUUUCAGUGACAUGGUUUGACCCAUUGCCACUCACAGAAUGAGUCAGGUUGGAAGUUACCACAGUGGGUCGUCUGGUCCAGCAGGGUCAUCCUAGAGCACAUGGGACAGGAUUGCAUCCAGACAAUUCUUGGGUAUCUCCAGUGAGGGAGACUCCACACCCUCUCCGGUCAAUCUGUUCCAGUGCGUGGUCAACCGCACAGUAAUGAAGUUUUUCCCCAUAUUCAGGUGAAACUUCCUGUGCAUCAGUUUCUGUUAAUUGUCUCCUGUCCUAUUGCUCAGCACCACGGAGAAGAGCCUGGCUCCAUCCUCUAGGCACCCUCUCUUCAAGUACUGCUGUACAUUGCUAAGGUAAGGCUGGGUUUAAACCCGAGCCCAGCUCCGCAGACCCGCCCUCAGGGCGGUGCCGCCGCCGCUCCCGCCCGGCCCCUCGUCCCGCGCCGUCAGCCCGGGCUCGCCAAUCAGAGGUGGCGCAGGCGCCUCACUUGACGCCGCCGCCAGCCAAUGGGCGGAGGCGACGCGGCCCGGCAAGGAUUCAAACGCGGCGCGGAGCCGGCGCGGCCUCCCCGAUGGAGCCACGGCUGGUGGGGCCCGGCCCUUACCGCGCCACACGCCUGUGGAACGAGAUAAUAGAACUCUUCCGUGCCGGGAUGCCCGUUCGGAAGCACCGCUGUCGUUUCAAAAGCUACGAGCGUUGCUUCAAAGCUUCGGAGGCGGUGGAUGUUUUGCAUGAGCUACUCGGCUCUAAUCAAAAUUUCGGCCCAGAGGUGACUCGCGAUCAAACAGUUAAGCUGCUUAAAAAGUUCCUGAAAAACCAUGUUAUCGAAGAUAUUAAAGGAAGGUGGGGCAAAGAGGACUUCCAAGAUGAUGGCCAUUUGUAUCGAUUUCCUCCUUCCUCACCACUGAAGUCAUAUCCAAAGAAACCUUCAUGUGGAAAGGAAAUAAUUAAAUUUCCAGACUGGAAUGAACCGAAGGCUGGCACUUCUCAAGAACACAUCCCAGUGAAAUCCGUCACAAUGAACUCCGAGAUGUGGUACAAGCGACACAGUAUAGCUAUAGGGGAAGUACCGGCAUGCAAACUUGUGUUCCGCAGAGAGCUAACACAAACAAAUAUAGAAGAGAUAUGGAAAUCCAUGACUUUGUCACAAUUGCAAAAGGUCUUGGGUUUGGAUUCUCUGGACGAAGUGUUAGACGUAAAACUUGUGAAUUCAAAACAUAUAGUUCAAAAUGUAUACAAUGUCAGUAAGCAAGGCAUUGUCACUUUAGAAGACAAAUCAAAGGAACUACCUCACUGGAUAUUAUCUGCAAUGAAAUGUCUAGCAAACUGGCCCAGCUGCUCAGAUUUGAAGCAGCCUGCAUAUGUAGGCUUUGAAAGAGAUGUUUUCAAAACUAUAGUCGACUACUUUGACCAGAUGAAAGAACCUCUUCUCACAUUUCAUUUUUUUGAUGUUUUUGUUAGUGUGUUAGGACUGCUGCAAAAACACAGCAAGGCUGUAGAAGCUCUUCAGAUAUCUUGUCUCCUGCUGCCACCAGAAAAUCGAAAAAGACUACAGCUGUUGGUGAGAAUGAUGGCAAGAAUUAGCCUCAACAAAGAUUUCCCACCUCUUUCUGAAUCAGUGAGGACCAGAACUUUGAUGGUUCAGGCGUUUUCCCGUUGUAUCCUCUGCUCAAAAGAUGAAAUAGAUUUGGAUGAACUGCUUGCUGCCAAACUAGUAUCUUUUCUCAUGGAUAAUUAUCAAGAGAUCUUAAGUGUUCCUUCUGCUUUAAAAUCUUCUGUAGAGGAUCAUGUUAUACGUCUCCAGAGAGUUCAAAUUAAAUGUGCUAGAGCUGAUACUGAUGCAACAUUUCCUCCUCCACCAUUUUGUCACCAAAUCAGUACAGAUGAAUUUGAAUACCAAAGGGCAACUGGCUCUCAAGAACCACUGGCAGCUUUGUUGGAUGAAAUUGUAAUGAAUAAAGAAAUACCUGUGAAAGAUAAAAAGAAGAAGCUCAAGCAAUUUCAGAAAUCUUACCCUGAAGUGUAUAGAGUACGAUUUCCUACACCUGAAACUGAAGCAGUGCUAUUUCCUGAAAAAACUAAACAGAAACCACCAAUCCUGACAUGGGCCUUAAAAAAGCCUUUUCAACCAUUUCACAGAACCAGAAGCUUUCGGAUGUAAAUGGUUUGAAAUAUAUCAACGAACUGAGACAGAAUAUUUUAUCAAUGGAUUUUAUGCAAAAGAAGCCUGAGCAUCAUGUAGCUACUGAAAAAACUACUGGGGAUACUACUGAGAUGGUAGAAAAUGUUGAAAGAAGAAGAGAAUAUCGAGGUGGUAGAAAUAUGAGACAUUUUAUUGGAAUGGGCUACCCAGGGAGGUGGUGGAUUCACUGUCCCUGGAGCUGUUUAAGAUGAGACUGGAUGUGGUACUUAGUGCCAUGGUCUAAUAACCAUGGUGGUGUUGGAUCAAGGGUUGGACUUGAUGAUCUCGGAGGUCUUUUCCAACGUGCUUGAUUCUAUGAUUUUAUGAUUAUCAGUAUUUUUGUAAGUUAUUAGUUUUUUAAAUGUCUGUUGUUUUAAAACAAGCAAACAAACAAAAACCAGCAGUAAAAACAGCAAAAAAACCAAACAAUAAAACCCACAACAUACUCAAGGGGAUUAUUCUAUAUGGGUGAUAAUGUACUCUUGCUGUGGCUUGAUUUGCCCAUCAUUUCAAGGUCUAAAUGUAUUUGUGUGCAAUGUAUUGUUGGUAACUAGUCAACGGAUUUUUUUUUUUACCUGAAAAUGAGUGUCUUGCAUAAACUAGGCCAUGUUUGUGCACAUAUAGCUUGAAGAAUUAACUUGCUGUACAUGCUUGAGUAAAUAUGGAACACUGGAUUUUGGUUUGCUGUUUGUGAGAGACUGAAAUAUUGAAGGUUAAUGACUCAAACAAUUGGUCAUUUGUAAAAGCAAUGUGCUUUGCUGAGGGCGGGUUUGCACCCUCAACUGAGAGGAUGUGAAGAAUUUUGAGUGUGUGGUGGCAAAACCUCUGAUCUGCAGAAGGACAACCCAGGGUGCAGAGGCGGUGAGCACCCACCACCAGAGGACGACCACAACAAACUGACUUCUGUUUAGCAAAAAGCUGGGUUUUGAGACAGAUAAGGGAAGAGUCCUAUAAAAAGCAGAUCCUGUGAGGUGUGAUAAUGCUUUCUACGAUGCCAGUUUCAACAACUGGCUCAAGUAUAAAUUUCUCCAUCCCGGAAGAGGUACUGGGACAUUCACACGUAGGCCUGAGGGUAUUCAUUCCUUCUGUUAAGGCAUAAUUGAUUUGAGAAACAGCAGUCAUGUCUUAGAAGGGGUCAUAAACCAUCAAAGACCCCCAAACUGCCCCCAGAACUUUCCACGAGAGGACUGUGCAUGAUCUACAGUGUUACAACAGGCAGUAUAAACUCCCCCCUCCAGGAGAGGUACCUGGAUGUUGCCACCUGAACCUGAAUGUUUAUGAGCGCAUUGAACUUUAUGUUUCGUGGGCUUCCCCCACCCCUGAUGGAUCAAGUUUGCAACCAUCACUUUGACCAACAGACAUGGUAAUUGCAAUCAAGUCUUGUUGGGUGGUGGUAUCUUUCCUUUCCACUAUCUACUCUUAUCCUUUGUUUCUCUUUCUUGUAUAUUUUCUUGGGUGUUAUUUUUAUACCUUUAUAUUAUUGUAUUUCUAUAGAUAAACCCAAACCUGCUACACACCUCGUUUCCAUUGCAAUCAAAUUGUUCCAAAAUAAACCUGACAUACAUACAUACGUGUGUGUGUGUGUGUGUGUGUGUUUAAAAACCCACCAGUCAUUCUGUUUUGUUUCAUACUAAUCUGCCCCAAGGGAUCGGUUAUGACCUCAGGGGCAGGUCAUAACACUGUUGGACAUCUUGGUAACCCUGAUAUGUCAGAUUUAUUUUGGAAAACUGUAAAAACUAAUUCUUAAUUUUCUGAAUUCAUAUGAUGCAUUACAGCAUGAAUCAACUCCUGUUGAAAUUCCAUUAACUUUCUGUAAUGCCAACCCAUUCUUUUAAGCAACCCAGUCUUUCCCAUAUGCUUUUACUACAUAUUGCUGUACAAAACUGGCUGCUUGACAAUGGCAUAUAUUUUAUCAAAAAAAUCUAAAGCCUUGUGUUUCCUCUGGAAGUGGAAUUCAAAUAUUGAAGUGACAUUGUAGCAUACAUGCAUUUAUUGAUUCAAUUUGUUUUGUGUUAUGGAAUCUACUGUACCCAUAACUUGACUGUACAUAUACUUGAUUCUGACGGCACUUUUAGCUAUUAAAGCAUUACCGUUUUCCUCUAUA